AUGGCGGGGGUCGGCGAGUUGCUCGCCUCAACGGCAUUGAAGCACGUCUCCGGCAUGCUAGGUACCACCAUCUGGAAGGCCAUCGCCUCGCAGCUGAAGCUCGGUGAUGAUCUGAACGUCCUUAAGGAUACUGUGGAUAGCAUCCAUGAAGGCAUGGUUAAGUUGGAGAAGAGGCUGAUGAAAGAUGGCCCCUGCCUCGAAGAAGGUAUCGUUGGGAGGGACAAAGACAAGGCGGAGUUGAUGAAGCUGCUGCAAGAAGAUUGCAAGCACGCCAUCAUCCCUAUCUAUGGCUUCGGUGGUUUGGGUAAAACAACUUUAGCCCAAAUGGUUUUCGAUGACAGUACAACUAAGAGAGAUUUUGAUAUCUGCGUCUGGGUUUAUGUCUCCACAAAAUUUAGCAAUGAAAAGAUUGGUCGAUCAAUCAUCUCCCAAGUAGAUGGACAGGGCAACCAGUAUGACUUGCCCUCCGUGCAGAAGCGCGUGGAGAUGAUCCUAAGUGGAAAGAAGUAUCUCGUCGUUUUGGAUGACUUGUGGCAAGAAAACACAAGCAACUUGAACCAGUUAAAAGCAAUGCUGAAAGGUGGCGCACCAGGUAGUAAGAUAAUUGUGACAACUCGAAGCGAACAGGUUGCUAAGCAGAUGAAUCGAGAGUUGCCAUUCAAGUUGGAUGCAUUACCAUAUGAUGACUGUUUGAAGCUAUUCAAAGAUAAAGCGUUCCCAAAUGGAUCUGAAGAAUCUGAUGCAUUCGUAAAGGUCGGCGAGAAAAUAGUACAGAAGUGCGGCGGCGUACCGUUGGCAGUCAAAUCCCUUGGGGACCGUCUGCUAGAUAUGCCGUUGCACAAGUGGGAAGAGACGCUCAAGAGUGAGCUGUGGGAAGGCGAACGUGAUCCAACGACCGCGACAGCUGCAACUGAAGUGCUGCCAUCCUUGAAGAUUAGUUACUCUUACAUGCCUUAUUAUCUGAGGCCUUGUUUUGUAUACUUUUCUGCCUUCCCAAAAGGCUUCGUCGUAGAGAAGAGAGACCUGAUUCACAGGUGGAUUGCCCUGGGAUUUGUUUCAACCGCUGAUCGUGCUGAGGAAUACCUGCAAGAACUUCGUCAGAUGUCAUUCCUAGAGGCUACGAGCGCCUCUACCUCUGUUUCUGCAGGAUACUCCAAGCCCAACACUCAUGACUUAUUAUUCAAAAUGCACGAUUUAGUCCAUGAACUUGCAAGGUCAGUUGCUGUUGAAGAAGUAGCCAUUUGUGAUGCCAAUCAUGGAAGCUCCGGUGCUAAAAGGGACAUAUGUCGGUACAUGUUGUUCUCGAAUUUCAAAGAUGGAUACCUAAAAUGCAAAGAUAUGCCUUUGAAGGCAAGAGCUGUUCAUUUUAGUGACUGCACAGGAUGUCAGCCUUCAAGGGAUGCCUUUUCAGAAACUAAAUGGUUGCGUGUCUUGGACUUGUCAAGCAUGCAAACUGUGGAGCUACCCAGGUCUAUGAGAAACCUGCAUCACCUGCAAGUAUUAAAUCUUUCAGAAAACACCAGUCUUGUAAAGCUCCAUAGCUCCUUCUUUGGAAAAGCAAAGCUCCAUAGUCCCACUUCCAUCUGUGACUUUCAGAAGCUACGCUAUUUGGAUAUACAUGGCUGCUCAAAUCUUAGAGAGCUGCCAGAUAACAUUCACAUACUCCAAGAUCUGGAACACCUUGAUCUAUCAGGAUGUACCAGCCUACAGAAGCUGCCUUCACGAUUUGGAGAGCUGCAAAUGCUUUCAUUCCUGAACUUAUCAUGUUCACAACUUGAGAUGCUACCAAACACUUUCAGUCAACUGGAAAAUUUGGAAUAUCUGAAUCUGUCCUUCUGCUCCAAGCUUAAGCACCUGCAUACUCUGUCAUUCAAGAGAAUGAAGGGACUUCUUUAUCUUAAUAUACUAAAUAAACUCCGGUUCCUCAGCUUAUCUGGCUGCUCUCGCAUUCAGAACAUUAUUCGCUUUCUUGGCAAAUUUGUGAAGUUGGAGUACCUAAACCUAUCAGGUGUUCCAUUAUCAGGAUUUGAUGUAAGAAAAGAUUCUGAAGCUCCAAGCUCAUCUACAGGGCAUCCCUCAGGUUAUUCUGGUGAGGACUUGAGCCUGAAAAUGCUCAAUGGGAUAAUUAAAAGAAUGCCUCGUCUUGAGUAUCUGUCGGCAGGAGGGCUGUCACUGUUCUCAAAAGAAGGCAUUUCUGAGGACUUCCUAACCUUGCCGGAUUUUGUUUUCUCAACAAGAAGCAGUGGCAACUCCAGCAAUAUUACUCUUCUUCAGAACAUCCUCGAUCCAACACACCGUGAACUUAAUAUCAGAUGCCUUGAGGCUGUGAUAUCUGCGGAAGAAGCAGCGAUGAUCGAACUGGGCAGGAAACAUCGGCUUGCUUCUUUGAGUCUGGAGUGGUCCUCAUCAGAAUGGUAUACACCACGUGAACCUACAGUAAAGACAAUGGCUGUUCUCGAACACCUGCAGCCUCAUCGAAAUUUAAAGCAUCUCGCUAUAAAGGGCUACAACCACAGUACGUUUCCUCGUUGGAUUAUGGGGAUACAUUAUACGCUCCCAAAUCUGGUGAAACUUGUGUUGUCUGAUCUUGUAUGGUGUGAUCAUCUUCCUACUCCAGCAAAUCUAUCAAGUAUAGAAGAGCUUGAAAUUCGAAAUAUGCCCAGACUUAAGGGAGCAUGUUUGGCGCCCUGCAAAAAUAUAAAGCGGCUGUCGCUGGUUGCACUAGCAAGUGGAUUCACCUUGGGGUUUACUCAGGAGACAAGCAGAGAUUAUCAGGGGAUACAUGAAAUGGAAUCAGGUCAUGCAGAAGAGCCUAAGACGCCAGAAGUAGCUAGGACACAGUCUGGUAAUCCUUCUCAAGAGAAUAGAGAAACAGAGCGUGCAGUAAUGAAAGGGAAUAUGAGGGGAAAUGCAGGUGUAAGCAGAUUGUUAGCUGCUCUAGGCUUUCAAAGGAAAGAACAGAUGUCAGAAGUGGGUGCAUCUUCGUCGGCACCGUCUGCAACCAAAGAAGCAGUCCCUACCCUUUGCUGUCUGAAGAUUGAAUACUGCCAAGAUCUGAAGCUGUAUCCGAGCAUCAACUGUGAGGAGUACUUCAUCAACAACAGUAUAGUUGAUUCAUCACAGACAUGGGGUCAUCAGCUCCCAUAUUGGCACCAUGUGCAUAUCAGGACCGAUGAACCAGUCGUUGAUGGUUGUGACAAGGAAUUUUUGAAAUACUUAGAAUUCAGGGUCAUCCAGAAACUGAAGAUAAUAAACUCUGUGGUAAUAUAUUUAGCUGAUUUUCACCUUCUCCAUCAAAAUAGAGACUUUGGAAUCACGGAGCUAUGUCUUACAAACCUCCAGCUUGUGAAGAAAGCCAAUGAAGUUGACCCUGGAGAUUUGGGCAGAUAUGACCAGCUCCGCAGGUUGAGUUUGAGGUGGUCCGGCCAACCUGACGAUCAGGCUGAUACUGACGAUUCUGCAGUUCUCCAAAGACUCCAGCCUCAUGCGAACCUAUCAGCGCUUGACAUAAGAGGUUAUCAGGGUGCCACAUUUUGUGCAUGGAUGAGCAAUGCCAAUCUCUAUGUUCCAAAUCUUAUGAAGAUUGAGCUGGUUGGUAUGCCAAGAUGUGAUCGUCUCCCGUCACUAGGUCAGCUAGCACAUCUGGAAGAACUGCACAUUUCAGAUAUGCCUAAUAUCCGAGAAGUGGAUAGUUGUUUUUACGGAGGCAAGCACCCAUUCCGGAAACUGAGGGAACUUCAUAUUGGUGGGAUGGAAAAUUUGGAGGUGUGGUCCACGAAUUUGGAGCGGUCUGCUGGACAAAUGUCUUGGAAUGACGACGAACAGCAAUUGCAAGGAGAAAUAUUUCCUUCACUUUUUUUUAUUUUUUUAGAUUAA